AUGGCCUUGUCCACGGCGUCCAAAUCAUUUGCCAUCAACGGCCCGCACACCGCAGGCCUGUUUGCCGACAUGUCCGUGGAUGGCCCUGUGAUUGGCACCCUCGUGGCCAUUGUCGACCGCGCAAAGAACUUGCCCAACCGCAAGACCAUCGGCAAGCAGGAUCCCUACUGCGCUGCCAGGCUGGGCAAGGAGGCCAAGAAGACGGCCACGGAUGUCCGAGGCGGCCAGACGCCCAAAUGGGACCAAGAGCUUCGGUUCACAGUGCACGACUCGGCCGAUUACUAUCAGCUCAAGGUCUCCGUCUUCACAGAUGACAAGAAGACGGACCUCAUCGGAGAGUCGUGGAUCGAUCUCAAGGGCAUCAUCAUCCCCGGAGGCGGCCAGAAUGACGUGUGGCAGACGCUCACUUGUCGAGGCAAGUAUGCGGGGGAAAUCCGACUCGAAAUCACCUUCUACGACAGCCGGCCCAAGCCCGACAAGCCCGCGGCCAGAUCUAGGCAAUCCAUGGGCGGCGAGCUGGAGAACUCGUCACCCAAGCGCAAGGAUAUCGUGAAAAGGCGUCCUCUGCCGACAGACCCCGUUACCGGUGAGGUCACUGCAAGCAUCUCGUCUCAAACCCCACCAGACUACCAUCAGACACCGCCCCGGCAUAUCGGGAAGCCCGUCCAUCACUCACCAUACAACUCUACGAGCUCACUCAACGAAACUACCGAGUAUGGCACCCCGCCACACGGAAGCACUCGGUCGCGCCAUGCCGACUACUUUUCUGCAAACUCACCCGGCCCUCAGGGCCAUGCUGGUUCCGGCCGUGUCGAGGGGCCUCGCCAGCCACGCCCGACACGACAGGACUCGCACGAGAGAGAGAGUCGCUACAGCCAAAAGAUACCCGUCUCGCCCUAUGAGCAGUUUGAUCCCCGAGGUAGCAGCUACUCGCUCGCGGGCGACACCUACGACAUGAUGACCCCGAUAGACGAUCCCGCGCCGUAUCCUCCUCAGGGAGGCCCUCGACAGGCCGCUCCUCCACCACCCGCUCACCGAUCACGACAUAGCACCAGCCAGGAGGGCUUGCAACGGAGAAGUGACGAGCCGUCGCCCCAGAGGGUUACCCCGCCCGCCUCAAUGAGAUCUGAUGUCCUGAAGAACGAGGCUCAUAGAAACACCACAUCGAACUAUCCCGGCCGCCCACAGUUUCGGGCCUACGAGCCGGCACAGCCGCCUAUGCAGAAAGCCAUUGCGUACGAGCCGCACAAUUCCUACGACGCCUACGACGCUCAGCAUCGCUCCAUGCAACCCACCGUGGAGGAUGUGCCGGAAUCGCCUCCAGGCUCCAUGCGGAACAGGCCCCGUCGCAGUAUCCCUCCCCUGGACGAGGUGGUGUACGACGCCGGCUCUGUCCCCGUGUCGACAGGUCUCAGUCGCUCUCCGGGAGGUGUAUCCCCGGGGUUUAUGAACCAAUCCCCGGGCCCCUAUCCGCCUUAUCAGGAACAGCCCCGGAACCAAAACUCCGUGUCCCCUAUGUCGUCCAGGGAUUACACUGAGAGUCCAGAGCAGAUGACGCAGUACUCCUAUGGCGGCCAAAGCCAGCGCCCUAACCAACAGCGAGAGCACGAAACGACAUACAUUCAAAGCUCUCCGAGCUACGGACUUCCGGGAUUGCCGCCCUCCUUGGCUCCGGGCGUAGAUCCCAACCUAGUUCAAGAGCUGUCUAACAGACCAUACGAAGAACGACACCAUGACGGUCGAUACAACUAUCAAAGCAGUCCAGUCGGCAGCAUCUCUGCUCGAGACCGCCAUAGGAGCGAACCGCCACCGCCUUCGCACGAGCCGGCCUACGGCGCUUCGCCGCAACCAUACGAAUCAUACGACAUGCGAAGAUCGGGUGCAUAUGCCAGUGGGCCUGACCCGCAUGCGCAGGGAUAUCGAGAUGCUUCCCCUAACCCGCAGGGAUAUCGCGAUGCUUCCCCUAACCCGCAGGGAUAUCGCGAUGCUUCCCCUAACCCCCAACAUAGGAUCCGACGCAAGUCGGUCAGCCCUGCACCUCGCGUUUCUGACAAUAGGAGGCACUCGGACAUUCCCUUCAGCCCAGACUCCUACGACGCCUUCAACCCCGGUGUGUCUUCUAGGGAUGGAUCUCCCGGGCUCGACCCGUCAGAUUCGCCUUCCAAGAUUGUCACGCACGAUGGCCGAGAGAUUGACCCGUCGGAUCAUCUACCUGAAGAGUCCUGGGCUCCCGAGCCAGAGACCAAGCCACCGCAAGAGGCUUCGCCGACUCGAACCAGGCCGCCGUUGUCCGGAGCACAACCGAUGCCGCCCAGCGGCCGGAGACCCCUCCGCAUUAGUAUGGCGAGAACCUCGCAGGCCAUGGUACCGUCCACCGCCUACGGUUACACGGAGGGACCCCGUGCUCCCCCGGUGCAAGGCGGGCGGCAGCGUCUGCAGAAGAAGACUCGUCAUUCCAUGCCGCCUACGACUGCGGUUCCCAACCCUCCCGCGCCUAUUGCGCCUGACAAUUUUCACGAUAGGACGAAUCAUUACAGUUCGACUCGAUCACGCGCUGGCGCGUGGGACCACCCAAACGACAACUACGCACCUGCGUAUAGCGUCGCCAACCAGGGCCCUCCGAUCCCGGCCAAAGUGCCACUGCCCGUUAUGAGCGGCGCCAAUGGAGGGGCGGAAGACAUGGCUCUCAUUCAAGAGAUGCAAAAGAUUGAUAUUGGCACCGGCCGUUCCAGACGCCGAGGCGGCUACUGA